AUGGCAGCCCUCAAUCAAACCAGCUUGCAGCCUGCCUCCUUCCUUCUGCUGGGCAUGGCAGGCCUGGAGGACUUGCACGCCUGGCUCUCCAUCCCUUUCUGCCUGAUGUACGUCGUGGCGCUCCUGGGCAACUUCAUCCUCCUGUUUGUCAUUGCGACGGAGCGAAGCCUCCACGAGCCGAUGUACCUCUUCCUGGCCAUGUUAGCGGUGGCAGAUCUCGUAUUAUCCUCCUCCACAGUGCCCAAAGCCCUGAGCAUAUUCUGGUCCCUUUCCAAGGAGAUGUCUUUCCACGCCUGCCUUACCCAGAUGUUCUUCACACACCUCAGCUUCAUUGCAGAGUCGACCAUUCUGCUGGCCAUGGCGUUCGACAGGUACGUGGCCAUCUGCAACCCCCUGCGAUAUGCCACAGUGUUCACGCACGUGAUGAUAGCCAAGAUAGGGCUGGCUGCAAUAGCCAGGAGCUUUUGUGUGAUGUUCCCAACAAUAUUCCUCCUCCAGAGGCUGCCGUACUGUGGACACAGCACCAUGCCACACACCUACUGUGAGCACAUGGGCAUCGCCCAGCUGGCCUGUGCCGACAUCUCCAUUAACAUCUGGUACGGCUUUGCCACCACCCUUCUGUCCCCAGGCGUGGACAUUGUGCUCAUUGGGGUAUCGUACGUCCUUAUUCUCCGGGCUGUCUUCAGGCUCUCGUCCAAGGAUGCCCAGCACAAGGCAGUUGGCACCUGCAGCUCUCAUGCCUGCGUUAUAUUGCUGUUCUACACCCCAGCAUUCUUCUCAUUUUUCACCCAUCGGUUUGGCCACAACGUCCCCCAUCAUGUUCACAUCCUGUUGGCCAAUGUCUAUGUGCUCCUGCCACCCGCGCUAAACCCCAUCGUCUACACCAUGAAGAACAAACUCAUUCGAGAAAAGGUGUCCCAAGCGCUCUUUGGGACUGGGCAAGCGCGGUGA